UUCCCACAUUCAUCCUCGUAAUAAUAUAAAUGACAAGCUUUUGAAAUCCUAUUUCUCAUUUUUCUGUUUCUCUUCUAUUUCCUUGUUUCUUUGUCCGGACGAUUGCAUAAUAACCCUAUUAUCCUUCCAUUUCAGUCAAUCAUAAAGAGUUAGUCUAGGCAGUUGAAACGGAAAAAUAGAAACAAACAGGCGAUUUGUUGAUUUUAAUGGCUGAACCCCAAGGGUUGGAAGGUAGCCAACCAGUUGAUCUCUCUAAGCAUCCUUCUGGGAUUGUCCCAACUCUCCAGAAUAUUGUUUCAACAGUCAAUUUAGACUGCAAAUUAGAUCUAAAAGCUAUAGCACUGCAAGCUCGAAAUGCGGAAUACAAUCCUAAGCGUUUUGCUGCUGUCAUUAUGCGGAUUAGAGAACCCAAAACAACAGCUCUUAUUUUUGCAUCUGGAAAGAUGGUUUGUACUGGAGCCAAGAGUGAAGAACAAUCGAGAUUGGCUGCGAGGAAGUAUGCUAGGAUCAUUCAAAAGCUUGGUUUCCCAGCCAAGUUUAAGGAUUUCAAGAUUCAAAACAUAGUGGGUUCCUGUGAUGUAAAAUUCCCCAUUCGACUUGAAGGGCUUGCUUAUGCUCAUGGUGCUUUUUCAAGUUAUGAGCCAGAACUCUUCCCCGGAUUAAUAUACCGUAUGAAGCAGCCGAAGAUAGUGCUGCUAAUUUUUGUCUCGGGAAAGAUUGUUCUCACGGGUGCGAAGGUCAGGGAAGAGACCUAUACUGCCUUUGAAAAUAUAUACCCAGUGCUCACUGAAUUCCGGAAAGUUCAGCAAUGAUUUAAUCAGGAAUUGAGCACCAUCUCUGAAGGGUCAUGAAGAGUUGAAGAACAUCUUGAAUUGCUUCAAACUAUCAUGGAGUUUACCUGUGCAUACCUGUAAUGAUGGAAUUGUCUCCUUUAGAAUAUGAAGUCCUCGAUUUUGGCAUUUUUCACGUUGCCUUUUCAAUUGUGUACUUAUGAAAUCAAAUUGUACCGAGAGAUGAGAGGCUAAUGAACUGGUCAUGAUGUUGGCGCUUUAUAUGCACUAAUCGAGCAAUUUGAGCUUACUCAUCGAACAAUUUCAUUUUCAGCCUUCUUAGGUCUUUGUCACAAAUUAGUAGAGGCUUCAACUUUGAUUAGGAGUUGCUACUUCACAUUUCUGUUGAUCUUGUUUUGUUUCUUUGUGUGAGCUUGUAAAACUUUGGAACAUUGAAGAUAUAUAUAUAAUGCAUUCAUAUUCAAAGCAGCUCUUCACAUUUAUGUAGAUCUUGCUUUGUUUCUUUGUGUGAGCUUGU